AACUUCCUUCCUCUGCCGCUCCCGCACAUCUCCCGCCCGCACCCCUUUCCCAAAGUUUCCAAAAAAGCUGCCCUGCGCGCCCAGUGCCCACUGGACUGCUUGGUUGCUGAGCACAGGAAACUAUGGAAGACCGGUCGUCAUCGACGAAACCCGCGGUCGUCUCUCCAUCGCCGUCCACCGCGCCGGACCUCAGAUCACCCACCUCAGGUGCCCGGCCCCUCUACAGCAGUAAGCUUGGCGACCAGCGACCCAGAGCCCCAGAGGCAUCCGCUUCGCCUCCGACUGCCACUGCAAGGCAGCCGCCUGUCCAGCAGAAGGCGUGGACGUCCAACAGGAACCCGAUCACCGGUAGGCCGCAGGCCGUGACGAGCUCCCUACGCGAGGGCCAGCGAGUCCGCAUUGUGCUCACCUCCGGGGCCGAAUUUGAGGGCAUCUACAGCAACGGCCCGGAGCCGACCAGCUGCCGUCUGUCCAUGGUGCAGCAGAAGAAGCUUCCGAAUUCCGCCGAAAUCUCGAACGGUCCCUCCCGCAGGGAACAGCCCGUCAUGACCUUCCAACGCAAGGAGAUCGCGGAAGCCCGCGUGGUUACCGGCAACAACGCGAAGAAUGAUGGAAGGUCCCCAAAUGGUAGUCGAGCCUCCUUCCGGACCGAUGCCGCCAUCUCCAAUACACGGCUCGGCGGCGAGCGGACAUUGAAGGCCUGGGUUCCCGAUGCUGGCUAUGAGGUAGAUGGGUCCUUGGAGAAGUCUGGCAACGCCGGCCCUUGGGACCAGUUCGCCGAAAACGAACGCCUGUUUGGUCUGAAGACGGACUACGACGAGAACAUCUACACAACCGCCAUCGACAAGAACCACCCACAGUAUAAGGAACGGCUGGCGGCGGCGGAGAAGAAGGCGCGCGAGAUUGAGCGGAGCGCCCCGACGACCGCGCAUGUCGCGGAAGAACGCAUUAUGGAUUUUGCGGGCGGAGACGACCAGCGAGACGAAGAAGACAACGGUGUGCGUCGGCAAGAUUUCCCGCCGUUGACAAACCGCGAGAACAAGUACACGCCGCCGGCCCGACGGGCUCCGACGGGUCAAGCAACUGUCAAAGGCGCUCCUGUCGACCCUGCUAUCAUCUCAUCGCAGCUGAAGAGCGCCCCAACACCGAAACAACCGACGCCAAAGCCGAUUGAGUCCAAGGUUCAGGCCACUCCGGAUAAGCCGGCCACCCCCGCGCUUGAGAAGCCUGUGGAGUCGAAGCCUAGCGGAGGUACAGGCGAGGCGAAGACAGCCGAGAGCAAGGCAGAUGCCGUCUCGAACCAGAAGGCCCCCGAUACCAAGGACGCAGCAGCGCUCCGGCCGUCCGCGGCCACGAGCCGCACUGCCUCCUCACAAGUCAAGGCUGGUGCAGUGCCAAGUGCAACCUCGACUGUCGAACGCGACGUGCUGGUGUCCUUCAGGACGUUCGCCUCUAGCCAGAGAUUCAUGGCCGAGAAAGUCAGAAGCAGUAGAGCCAAGGUCGACAAGGAGGUCAAGUUGACCGAGCUGAAGAAGUUCGCCUCGAGCUUCAAACUCACCACGCCCGUCCCGCCGGACCUUAUCUCCAUCAUCGCGAAGGACCCGGUCAAACAGAAACAGAUCCAGGAAAAGGUCCAGCAGAACAUCGCCGAGGCGGCUCGGCAGAGGGAGGCAGCCGCCAAGGAGAAGGAACUCGCAGCGGCAAAGGAAAGCCAGGCGAAGCCGGCCCCCGAUCAUUCGGUCCCCUCCACGCCCGCUACGACGGCCGAUGCUCGUGGCACCACCUCGCGGCCGGCCCCGCCGCAACCCUCGGCUUCGGCUACGGGAAUACCCGGCCGUCACCCAGGCGCCCGUUCCUCAUACAACCCCCAGAACCAUUAUCAGUACAACAGAGGCAACCGCCCGCCGCCCCAUCUGGCCCCUCAGAACCAGCCGACGGGCAAUCUGGCGCAGCGGCUCCGGAACGUGGAGCAGCAGAAGCUGCAACAUGCCCACAUGGCCCACCAACCUCCCCCGGAUAUGCGCCUUCCUCCUACCGGCCCCGCCAGCGCUGUCGACCCCGGCUUUGGCCGCCGUAUCAGCGGCGUGCCGCCAUCCUCCUUCAUGGCCCCCAAGCUGAACCCCAACAGCCACGAGUUCAGGCCGAGUGCAUUUGCGCAGCCCUUCAACCCAGCCGUUCCGAGCCAGGGCUCCUCCCCUCGUUCCUCCGUCAAUAACAUCCCCGAGGCCGCCAUCCCGCCUCCGCCUGCCAGGGGCCAACUCAUCCGACGCAAGACGAGGUCGGUCGACGUCAAGAAGUGCUUCAUCCUGUCGCACCUCGAAACCAUCCAGCCGCCUCCUGGCCGGAACUGGGACGACAACGACGGCAUCAAGCCGUCUUUCGAUACGCUCCCGACUUGGCGCCAGCUCCAGGAGGAGACCGAGGCGCCAGACUCGACUAUGCAUCUAACCUACACCGAAUACUUCGAGCGGCUGCCGCGGCCCAACGCCGCGGUCGCCACCCCCAACCCGUCCCACGUCAUGCCGCAGAUCGCGCACCAACACCAGCUGCCGUUCCAUCUGCAGCACGGCGCGCAGAACCUCGCGCCCAGGCAGUCGCCACACAUGCCGCCGAUGCAGAUGCACGCCGGCCAGCACGGACAAGUCCCUCCAGUGCCGUUUGGUAACCCGGACGAUCAUAGGAUGAUGCACUCCAAUUCGGCCCAGUCCUUCGCUUCCCCUAGGCUGGGACAGGUCCCCAUGGCCUACCCGCCGGCGAUGAACGCGCCCGCGCAGAUGCCGUACGGCCAGCCUGUGAUGCAGCCGUACGUGAACGCCGCGCCCCAGAUGGGCCAGUUCCGCAGCUUCUCGCACAACCCGCAGUUCAUACCGCAGCAGCCCCACCACAUGGCGGCGCCCAUGAUGGUGCAGCCGCAGUUCAUCUCGGGCCCCAAUGGCAUGGUGGCGGCCGGGCCGAUGUAUCCUGGCGCCCAUCCGCAGUUCAUCCCUGCCGGCGCCGUGCCGCCGCCGCAGCCGAUGCCCGUGUCUAACGGAUUUCCCAGCCCCGGCCGGCCGGCCGCGCCCAUGAUGGUGCACCAGGGAUCGCACCAAGGGCAGCAGGCCGUGUAUGGCAUGAGCCCCGGGAUGGCGUACCAGCAACCCGCCUACACGGCGCAGCAGCCCCAGGGCAAGUUCUCGGGCCAGCGGCCCCAGUGAGGGAGCAGCUUGCAGAACGGUUACAAAUGAUCGUGUCGCGGCGUCUGCCUGCCCCCCGUGCCUGCCCAU